AUUUCUUCCGCAGUGCAGACUUGCGGGCCGCCAUGUCAGUUGCCCAGUAGACGCGGUCGCUCGCGGAAGCUUUAGUGCGCGUAGUGCGAGGGGGGCCCCGAGUGUCAGUUCCAGUGCUCGCUCUUACACGUGACAGUGCCGCCGAAAUCAGUGCUUCCCAUUCACCUUCAGUGUAUUAUCAAGUGCUCGCUUUUCGCCCUGGAUAACCGAAUUUUUUUCAAAAAGGAUACUUGCGUUUUUGAGGCGUUAGACAGGCGAGAUCGAGGCAAGUGAAGAUCGGGAGGUUCCGUUGCGCACGUUGUCACUCGUCAAAGAUCUUCGGGGCGCACAUGGUCUGCCUGGUUUUGGCGAGAUUUUUGGUGAUUUUUGCCGCGGGUCAAUGAAACGAAGCUCAAUGACCUCGGCCCGGAGGAAAAGCAAAAGUAAGAAGGCUCACUCGUGUUCCUUCCCAUCGGAAGAGCACAUUUUGGCCGGUUGGGCCUAAGACCAGCAUGCACCUGGCCAUCUUAAUAACAAGCGUCUUGUGUUUUUUUUGGCGACAUGGCAACUUCCUCACGCUGGCUGUCAAGCCCGGAUUUCUGGACUUCGACAAUCUACCAGAUACGAAUUUCUCAUGCGAAAACAAAGUUAUUGGUGGAUACUACGCUGACAUUGAAACAGGGUGUCAAAUGUUUCAUGUCUGCACCCUCGGACAAAAAGGAGAAGUGACAGACAUCAAGUUUUUAUGCCUUAAUGGCACAGUGUUUGAUCAAGAGACAAGAGUUUGUGAACGACUAGAUGAGGUAGACUGUAGCAAGAGCGAAAGUUACUUUGAUCUCAAUUUAGAGCUUUAUGGCAAUAGCGGAGGUGGCUUUGGAAUUGAACCUGAAAAUGAAUCAGUUGGUACCAAUGAUAAAGAAGAAGAAGAGGAAGAAAAGUGCAAUGAAGAUGAGGAGGAAUGCAAAUCAGAUAAUGCUGACGAAGAAUUUGUGGAUGAAUAUGAUGACUCAACUUUGCCUCCGGUCACCACCACUACAACAACUACCACUACCACAACAACAACUCCACGGCCUACAACGGCGAGAGUUAGCUUUACAUCGAGACCAACCUUUAAAAUCACUGUACCUCAAACGAUUCAAUAUCCACCGAGUCCAUCCCAAACCACCCCAUACAAUUCCAACUACCCUCAGAAUUUAGAAUAUUCUCCGCAGAGUUCACCGGAAACGAUUGCAGCCUUACUUGCUUUGCACAAUGCCUUUCAAGAGAGUUUGAAGCACCAUGAUGUACCUAAACAAUUACCUGCUCAAGCAGCAGUAAAACCUCCACCUAGACCUCUCAGCGGGCCGACCCCAAAACAAAAGGAUGCUCAGGGUCAAGCUAGACCAUCUCAGUCAGCAACAAGAUUCUCAGCACCUUUCCCUAAUACAAAGCCCUCUGGCUUUGCUAUCAGCAAUUACCAUCCUCCAAGCAGUCAACCACCUCAGUUCCACUUUGAUACGGCCCCCGUCUCGAAACCUACUUUCACAUCAGAACGCUUUGGUACGCCUAACUUCCACCAUGGGUUCCACAUAAGCAGUCAAUCAAGUCAGAACCCAACGCGGCAGUUUCCAUCAUUCCAACAGCCAAGUUUGCGAUAUUUUGAAGGGAACAAGCAUCCAGGGUCUCUAGCAGGAGGAGCCGCACCUAAACCUUUUAGCUACUCUCAAUUACCAAAUCAAGACGUAAAUCUACCUCUCAACGAACGAAAGCCUCAUAGUUCACUCCACAUUGGACAAACCGAAGGUAUCACAGAUAGUGAGCAGGAUGAAGAGAUUCUGGAAGAUGAAAUUUCUGGACAGAAAAGUCUAGAGACUCAUUCUAGUUUCGUUCGGGCUAUUCCUGAGAGUCCAAAACAAGCUCGAAAAGUUGUCUUUCCAUCGCUGACGACGCCAGCUGUAUCAGUAGUACUGACAACCAGUUCUGUUUCCUCCUCUAGAGCACAAGUUAGUGGAAAAAAUUCCCCUAGUGCCAUAAUUAAGACGCCACAAAGCUCGGGACAGUCACUGCCUAAGCAUCAAUCCAUUAAACCAGUUUCUUUGAAUACACAUAAAAACACAACUAUAUCAGUGAGAGGUGAAAAGCCAAAAACUCGUCCAACUUUCUCCCAAUAUCAGGAUGAGCAUGCCAAUUAUGAGACGCUUUUUACCGAUGUUUCAAAAAUUAGGAGUAAAAGAAACACUCUUCCUCUGAGCUCUAAACAAAAUGUAUCCAUUCACGACCAAACAUUGGACACAUCCAAAAUCCAUAAAAAUCUUCCUAUGCAGGAGGGUGAAACCAAGCCAGAGGAUCUCGAUUCUUUCAAAAGAACAGAGGGAGAAACCAAAGAAAUUGCUCAAAUCUGUACUAAUAAUAGCACUUUUAAAAGUACAGAGUUAGGUUUAGGACAAGGACCAGACAUUUCAAAAAUGUUGAAGAAUACAACUAUUAGCUCAAAGAAAAAAGAGCAGAGAUUUCUUUCAAAAACUAGCCUAAAAAAUUUUUACAAUGUAGAUUUUGAAUUAAUACCCUCUAUGACAACUGUUAUGAAACCUGUAAAUUUUAAAGUUAAGAAAAAGCUACCUUUAGUGAAGAGUCCAGACUAAAAAAUGCAUUGUACCUAUCCUUUGGAUAACUACCUUUGAAACCGACUGCAAUACUUAAAGUGCCAAAGAUCAAAGAGGCUCAAAUUUUGUCUAGUGUAAGGUGAAGUCUCUUUUGUUUGUUAUCUGUCCUAGACAGCUCAAGAAUUAGGAAUUUAUUGAUUUGAAGCUACAAAAAAUUCAAAACUAAGAAGUUAUUUUUGGAUUUUGUUGCUUUAACCCUCUAAUUAUGUAUUCUCUGUAGAUUUACUGAAAUUAGCGGCAGUGUCUGUACAUUCGAAGAGGAAAAAAAUUUUGAAGCAUACUCAAAAGUGAUGGGUAUUUUAAAUUUCUUUUUGUGUAGAUAAUUUGAUCCUACAAUUUCAACCAUUAAUUUCAAUUUACCUCAUCAUAACGCAAAUAAGUUUGUAAAAUGGUGAUAAAAGUUGAGGACCUUUUCUGAUAAUUUGAAUCUUAUGCAAGAAAAAUGAAUUUUUGAGAAAUUAUGAAAAAUAAAUGACAUACAUUAGGAAAGUUGAACUUUUUGGAAGUGAUUUUCCUACACCCUGAGUUGAUUCACUACAUCAGUUCCAGGAACAAUACAUUUUAAUGCAGCUAAAUAUCAUUUCCUCCGAGUGGCCGAAGUCUGUAGAGAAGACUUUCAGGUUGCUUCAAUAAAAUUAAAAUUCAAAGAAAGCUGUUUUGACUUUGUUUUAAUUCAUAGUGGAAAAAAUAUGAUAUGCUAUGCUGUGAGGCAGUGGCUGAUAGUAGCAGUUUACUUUACUUGUCAAUUCCUUUGUUAAAAGCAUCUAAGACAUUGAGAGUUUGUACAUUUGUUUCGUUUUUUCCUGCAACCUCACCGCCAAAAAUUAAAACUUAAUAUAAUGCCAUACACAAAUGAUA